AUGGGCACUGUUCCAAGAAUUUAUUCCGUGGUGAAUACGCCAAUUGCCUCUAUCUUAGCUUGUGAGAUUGCAAUACUUCCAAAUCAACCUCCAGUCCCACAGGUAGUUUUACUCCUAAAUGAUCAUAAAAAACUAAACAGGUUCUUGGAUAAUGAUUCAAAGAUUAUUAUCGAUAGAAAUAAAGGCAAGAACAUUCACCAAACGCAAUUUAUGGCCGCAUAUCUCCCACCAGUAUACUCGACAGGAAAAAUAGCAACAAUAGACAAUCUUAUUGUCUCUGGUCAACAUUCCAAGAAUAUUGUUUCUUCAGUACGAAAAUACCUUCACUGCUUGAACGCAGGCUCAAAUCUUUUCCUGCUAAACCCUCCAUUUGGUGCCAUUGAGCACCUUUAUAGAAACCUAUGGACCACAUCCGAGUCGAGGCCGAACCUUUUUGUAGGUAUUAGUAUGAAAAGGGAGGCAAACCUAGUGAGUGUAUCGGAUGAAUUUAGGCUUAAAUUAAAAUGUUCAGGUAUAUCAAUGCGUGUAAGCCCAGUGCCCAGAGACUUUGCAUCUUAUUCGCAUGAAUCUGGAGUGAAUGCACUUGAAGAAUUAAGACAUGAAAAUGAUAUGCUGAAACUUCUGGAUGCAACAGCGCAUAAUCCAAAUCCGAUCGCAUCGAUAUCACCAUUAUUUUAUUCGUAUGGCGAUUUACUCUUAAUUAGAUUGGAAAGACUGAUAGUAGAAAGUUGUAUUGAGCCCUUAGCGGCUCUUUUCGGGUGCCGAUAUACCGGUGAACUCUUACAAACACCGAAAUCAAAAGAUUUAAUCUUGAAGCUGAUAAAUGAACAAGUAUGGAUUUUGAAAUGCGCUCAACCGUUCCUCACAAAUAUGCCAAGUUUCCACGUGGCAAUGGAUACUGGAAGACUGUAUGAACUAAUACUGAAAGAACUACGAGAUAAACCGAAACUUAGAAGUCAGUUAAAUCACUCACUGAAUCAGUUGAAUCAAUCCAAUAUAAACCAACUUACAGGCUACUUUGUUCAGCUAGCAAAUUAUAAGAAAUUGGAUUGUAGAUGGAAUGAAGUGAUAACUGGGUUGGUGAAGGGUAAAGCAGGAAUUGCCAAGCAUAGAUCGUUAAAUUAUAAAUACUUGUAA